AUGGCGGGCUACAGCACUCUAACCAGCGUCUUACUACUGGCCUCGCAGCUGCUCCUCCACUGCCGAUCAGAGCUGGUCGAUACGAACUACUUCCUCUUCCCCUUGAAAGCGGGCAUCGUCCCUACGGUGCAUAAUGGGGACACGGUGAACGUGACGUGGCGGUCUGAGUUCGGCUUGACGGUGCUGUAUCAUGUGUGUCAGUCCGAGCAGAUGGCAGCCUACCCCAACCAGCCCGCCAACGGGCACGUCCAGCUCGCCGUCAACGCCUCCUGGACUGCCCCUUGCCACUGGCAGCUCGCGCAGCAAGGCGACGAGGAAACCUACUUCGACAGCGGCCAGGUCGACGUCACGAACGCGCGGGCCACGCCUGCCGUUAUGUGGGUGCCUGCGGAUGCGGAUGCGGAUGCGGGCGAGAGCUGUGCCAGGAGUGGUGCGGGCUCUGCUACUGCUUCUGCUUCUGCUUCUGCGGCAGCGAGCGCGAGCGAAAGCACGGCCGGCGUGUCUGAGGGCGGAGAGGCUGCUUGCGACAGCAGCGCUGCUGAUUACGGCACUGCGCGGCGGGGGCUAGGCACGGGGCCGAGUGUCGGGGUGGGUGUUGUUAGCGGCGUGCUGGCCGGGGGGCUUGUGGGCGUGUGUGCGUUUUUGGUUCAAGGGCGGUUAGGGAGACGGCGGUGGGAACAGAGGGGGGAGAAAGUCAAGGCUGCGGGAAUGCAGUGA